UCCCAAACAGAAGAUGAAAGUUAUUGCCUGCUUGAUUUUACAUUUCGAAUUAAUGAAUGACCUUAUGGUUAAGUUGUUGAUGAUUUGCUAUAUUUUGAUUAUAUUGCAAUUGAAAAAAAAGAAAAGAAAAUGGAAUGAUAGUUAUAGUAGGCAAGUAAUAAGAGAUGUUAGUGUUGAUAGAAUUAUUUAUUUUAGUGAUCUAGCAUGUAUAGAAAACACAAGAAUGGAUAGAUGUGCUUUUCAUGCAUUGUGUAACAUGCUUAAAAGGGUUGGAAGGUUAGAACCAAGUAGGAAUAUGGGUGUGGAAGAAAUGGUUGCCAUGUUUUUACAUAUUAUAGCACAUGACGUCAAAAUUAGAGUAAUAAAGAGACAAUUUGUGAGAUCUGAAGAAACAAUUAGUAGGAGGUUUAAUGAUGUAUUGCUUGCUAUUUUGAGAUGUCAUAAUCUCUUAUUGAAGAAACCUCAACCAUUUAGCCAGGAUAGAAUGGAUGAACGAUGGAAAUGGUUUAAGGAUUGCCUAGGAGCCUUAGAUGGUACUCAUAUCAAAGUCAAUGUCCUUGAGGCUGACAAGCCUAGAUAUCGAAACAGAAAAGGUGACAUAACAACCAAUGUGCUUGGAGUGGUUGCUCCCGAUAUGCAAUUUAUCUACGUACUGGCGGGUUGGGAGGGUUCAGCUGCGGAUUCUAGGGUAUUGCGAGAUGCACUAUUUCGCAAUGGGUUUAGUGUUCCCCAAGGUCAUUAUUACUUAUGUGAUGCUGGAUACAUGAAUUGUGAAGGAUUUUUGGCACCUUAUAGAGGACAAAAAUAUCAUUUGAGUGAGUUUAAUCCACAUAAUCAACCUAGUACAGCUCAAGAGUUUUUUAAUAUGAAACACUCACAAGCAAGGAAUGUCAUUGAAAGGGCAUUUGGAGUAUUGAAAGCAAGAUGGGGAAUUUUGAGGGGAAGAUCAUUUUAUCCUAUUAAGACUCAAGGAAGAAUUAUAACUGCUUGUUGCCUUUUGCAUAAUCAUAUUAGAAGAGUGAUGGUUGUGGAUCCUAUUGAUGAGAUAGAAGAUCAAAAUAUACUUGGAGUAGAUGGUGAGACGAUCCACCAUAUUGAGACGAGUGAUGCUUGGGGUAGAUGGAGAAAUCAACUUGCACAAGAAAUGUGGAACCAAUGGAGGAGAAGACAUCACGCUCGAUAA